AAUACCAAAAUACAUAUAUAGUGUUUCAAAUAGAAAAAUUUAAAUAUUUGAAUAAGUGUUGAAAAACAGCAAUAAAGGAAAACGGAAUAUGUCAAGUGUUGAAACGGCAGAAGAAUUUAAGACGCGUUCUCAAAUUGAUCAACCCACGGAAACACAUUUAAAUGGCUCGAAAGAAUUUAUACUCAUUACCGAUCAUAAAACAUCGAAGAAAGGCUGUAAUGUUAGCGAUUUCCUUAAAUCCGGUGUAAAGAAUAUUUUUCGCAAAAAGACACUCUACAAACGUUUCCCAAUCUUGACGUGGCUGCCCCGCUAUACACGUAGUGAUGCAAUUGGUGAUUUAAUAGCGGGCAUAACUGUCGGUUUAACGGUUAUACCACAAGGUUUGGCCUACUCAGGUGUUGCUGGAUUACCAACACAGUUCGGCCUUUAUGGCGCUUUCAUGGGAUGUUUCGUUUAUGUGCUACUCGGCACGUGUAAGGACAGUACAAUCGGCUCAACGGCGAUCGCAUCACUUAUGGUCUUCCAAUUUGCCAAAGGUGUUUGGCAAUUAGCAGUAUUCCUCACCUUUCUUACCGGUGUCAUAGAGAUACUAAUGGCACUAUUCCGACUGAGCUUUAUUAUCGAAUUCGUAUCGGGACCAGUGAGUGCUGGCUUUACCAGCGCCGUUGCUUUGAUUAUAUCAACAUCACAAAUAAAAAAUAUUCUCGGCGUAAAAAAUGCAUCAGGCAAUACAUUUCUGCAGCGAUGGAUUAGCAUGAUCAAAGACAUUCACAGCAUACGUGUGGCUGACAGCAUACUCGGUUGCAGUUGUGUUGCAAUUUUAAUUGUGAUGCGUUAUGUGGGACGUAUCAAGGUGGGUCCGAAAAGUAAUCCUAAAUGGCAUCAUAAGGUGGCGACUAAAUUAUUUUGGUUCUUGGGCGUAUCACGUAAUGCAAUAUUGGUGAUUGUUUGUGCGGCUGUGUGCAUGUACCUGGAGAGGGAAGGCAAAAGUUACUUCCGCCUAACAGGUUUUGUACCACCUGGUUUGCCUGAUUUCGGUCCGCCACCAUUUUAUAUGGAGGGCACUCCAGCGAACACGACCACCGGUGAACCGCCUGUGGAAGCUAAGAAUUUCUUUGAUAUGGUAAGCGAGUUGGGUUUCGGUCUGCUAAUUGUGCCACUUGUGGCGCUGCUGGAGAAUAUUGCUGUGUGUAAGGCUUUUGCUAAAGGUCAACCGAUCGACACAACUCAAGAAUUGCUCACCAUUGGCAUUGCAAAUGUCGCCAAUUCAUUUGUUCAAGGCUAUCGAGCUAAUGGUGGUCUUGCACGUUCAGCUGUCAAUAAUGCCAGUGGCGUACGUACCCCGCUGGGCAAUUUGUAUAUUGGCUUGAUCGUGAUAUUUGCUUUGCUCUUCUUAGCGGAGUUUUUCUACUACAUUCCUCAGGCCGUUCUAGCUGCCAUUAUUAUAUCGGCAGUGAUCUUCCAAUUGCAGUAUCAUGUAAUACUGCCAAUGUGGCGUAGUAAACGCAUAGAUUUGAUUCCCUGUUUUGUCGCCUUCAUCGCAUGCCUCGUUUUACCGCUCGAAAUCGGCAUACUCGUGGCGAUCGGUGUGAACCUUCUCUUUAUAUUAUAUCACUCAGCACGGCCAAAAGUGCGUUUGGAAACGCUGGAGACACAAGAUGGCAUUAAGUUUCUACAACUCACACCCGAUCGCUGUCUCAUAUUUCCUUCAGUUGAAUUUGUGCGCAAUUUGGUAUUGAAAUUCGGCAACAAAACUACCCUGCCUGUGGUCAUCGAUUGCACUUACAUUUAUGGCGCCGACUACACGGCGGCCAAAGUGAUCUCUUCCCUGAUCGACGAUUUCAAGAAACGAAAUCAAACAAUUAUUUUUUACAACUUGAAACCUAAUGUUGUUCAAAUCUUCGAGGGCUUAAAUAUUAAUUUCACAUUAUGCUAUAAUACUUACGCCUUGACGCAGGCGCUGAGAGAGAGUGAAAGUGAUGCGGCUAUAAAGGGUGCACUGGAAAGUAAUUUGGAGACUGGUGUGAAGAGUAGUAGUGAAACGUUGAACUCGGCGAUCACUGUUGAAGCUUCGUGACGAAGUUUGGGCGGUAAUUUGUGAAUAUUUCAAAAAAAUUUUGUGAAUAUUUUUUGACUCAAAAGUAUGCUUGUACAUUUGUAUAUACUUGUAUAGAAAUAUUUAGAUAAUAGUUAACUUAAUAACUGUGUUCCUAUAUGCAAUAAACGAUUGAAAUACAUAAGA